UCCACAGGUGAGACGCUUCGACUCCGGCUCAUCAGGUGAGUCUGAUUCUGUCCCUCAGCGUGGAGAAAGCUUUAGCAGAGGUCACUGUGUGCUGAGCUGUAACAACACCAGUGUGACCUGUGCAGGUGUGCAGUUUACAUCAUGUCAGGUGUGCAGAGGUGUGUCCUGUCCUGGACCGUGUUGGCCCUGCUGCUGUCAGCUGGAACCAGUCUGGGUGAUGUUGAUGUGCAGUGGCUGACCAAAACUGUAGAAAUCAUCAGGACGAGGUAUACAGAAAGGGGUCAGUUCUGUGCUGCUGUGAAGAUCCCAGAGAAGCUGGUGAACCAGCAGAAUCCAGACCUUGCAACGCUGCUUUCACAGGACACAGAUGCAAACAUGCAAGAGUAUUUCAACGAACCUGAGAAAUUUUAUGCUGGUCUGUCUGUGGUGGCAGCAAAACCAGUAGAAGUGCCACACCAGGGAACUGAACAUGCUGAAUACCGUGUUUUGAAACAUAUUGAGAGUAAGUGGAUGAAUGACCACACAAAUAACUUCCUCCUUGUCUACACAUAUCUCUCUCCAUGUGUACACAAAUGUGCAAAUCCAAGCAGCAGCAGAACCAUUGUGGAAUCAAUCGGGGUGAUGGCGAGCUGGAAAGGGUAUGCCCUGGUGUUUCAGAAACCUUACUCUCAUCCAAAAGACUUAGCUCCAGUUUCUGAAGCAGAAUUAAAAACUGCUCUUUCUGAACUCGCUCAAACAAUCGGUUACACAAACAUAUUACGUUGUUACAAGCCAGCGAUUGGUGCGUUUCGCUGUGUCACAUGCUUCUCAGGUCCACAGAACACAGUUGUUGAUGAGUGCAUUGAUCUACAGUCGGGGGCAUCCAGCAGCAGUUAGGAAUGGUUUGUUUUCAAACUGUAAAGCUGAUGGUUUCAGUUCUGUUAGAAAUACUGAAACUGUGAUUCUCUGAUUUUGUGAAUAAAUACUAUAUUUCACACUGAA